AACUAACAAGAGAGCGCAAUGCUCAAUUUUGCGUUUCAGUGGAGUCAUUUCAUCUAGCUCAAUCUUCGGCUCUCCCAAAAUUUGUUCAACUGCGAAACCGAACGGUUGGGUUUGGGCCUUCUCGAAUAUUUUUAAAGACGGUAUUCAACGACAACAAAUUAUCUUUUUUCGCGUUGAAAAGAAAAAAGUGUCCAAGAAUUUGUUUAUUUGCAUAGGCUUGUGUGAAUGCAGUAGAAAUCGAAUCGAAUUGCAAAUCGGGAAAAGUGAAAACAACAAAAAAACAGCAAACACCACAACCACAGAGUAUCUUCAUCUACGUAUGCUUUCCGUGGAAUAUCAAAAGGAUUCCAGAGCGACGACUUCUUGCUCUCCAAGAAAGCGUUAAAAUAUUGGGAGCUCUUGCAGAGAAAAUACUAAGCCAGUUUCAACGUCCUCCGAGCUGCUGGCGUAGCGAGCCCUCAUAAGAUAAAGAUGCCAGCGGAAAUUAAACCAUCCGCGCCCGCUGAGCCGGAAACGCCGACCAAGAGCAAACCUAAGAGCAAUUCAUCGACAUUCUCAAAGGCCGCUCUAGCCCGCGUUACCCUGCUCGAUGGCUCCAUUCUAGACGUGACCAUUGAUCGGAAGGCCAAGGGUCGCGACUUAGUGAACUCCAUAUGUGCUGGCCUGAACAUUAUUGAGAAGGAUUACUUUGGUCUGACCUAUGAGACGCCCACAGAUCUGCGCACCUGGCUGGACUUGGAAAAACCUGUGGCGAAAUUCUUUCGCACAGACCCGUGGCCUCUGUCGUUUGCGGUAAAGUUCUAUCCGCCGGAGCCAUCGCAGCUGCAGGAGGAUAUCACGCGCUACCACCUGUGCCUGCAGGUGCGCAACGACAUCUUGGAAGGUAGGCUGCCGUGCACAUUUGUCACCCACGCCUUGCUCGGCUCCUAUCUGGUCCAGUCCGAGAUGGGCGACUAUGAUGCCAAGGAUAUGCCCACUCGGGCCUAUCUAAAAGACUUCAAAAUCGCUCCCAAUCAAACGCCUGAGCUCGAGGAGAAAGUUAUGGACUUGCACAAGACGCACAAGGGCCAAUCGCCUGCCGAGGCUGAGUUGCAUUACCUGGAAAAUGCCAAGAAGUUGGCUAUGUACGGCGUGGACUUGCACCCUGCCAAAGACUCCGAAGGAGUAGACAUUAUGCUGGGAGUGUGUGCAUCCGGUUUGUUGGUCUACCGCGACAAACUGCGCAUCAACCGCUUCGCUUGGCCUAAGAUCUUGAAGAUCUCGUACAAGCGACACCACUUCUAUAUCAAGAUAAGACCGGGUGAAUUCGAGCAAUAUGAAUCUACCAUUGGUUUUAAGCUUGCUAACCAUCGGGCCGCUAAAAAGCUUUGGAAGUCCUGUGUGGAACAUCACACUUUCUUCCGCCUGAUGACGCCGGAGCCGGACAAUAAGUCCACCCUGUUCCCCAGGUUCGGGUCAAAGUACCGCUAUAAGGGACGCACUCAAUACGAAACCAGAGCUACUCCCGUGGACCGUACGGCACCCAAGUUUGACAGAACCCUAUCAGGGGCUCGCCUUACGUCGCGCAGCAUGGACGCGCUCGCCAUGGCCGAGAAGGAAAAGGUGGCCCGCAAGAGCAGCACCCUGGACCAUCGAGGAGACCGGGCAGAUCGUGGAAAUGAUGCUGACGCUCACAGCCGUAGUCCAAUUAAGAACAAAAAGGAUAAGUUAAUGCGCCAAUCGAGCACCGGCACAGGUUCGGCCUCCUCGCAGAGCUCCCUCGAGGGUGACUAUGAGACCCACAUCGAGGCGGCCGACGCAGCCUCCGCUGAGACCGAACUGCCGCCUCAAGUUCAGGACGAAGAGAAGGAGGCAAAGUUGCGAGAGAAGAAGCUCAAGGAAAAGGAGGAGAAGGAACGCAAGGAGAAGGAGAAGAGAGAUCUGGAUGAAAAGAAAAAGGCAGAAAAGGCUGCCAAAGCAGCUGCUGCCGCUGCUGCUGCUGCUGCUGUAGGAUCGGGAGUCAAUGGCAAUGACGAGCUAAACGACUCCAACAAGUCUGACAAGUCCGGCAGACGUGGCGUUGGCAUAUUCUCCUCGGGUCGCAAGAGCAAGAGCGGCUCACCAUCCAAGGAUGGCAAGGACAAGUCCGGAAAGGACAAGGAUAAAGAAGUGGGUCGACUUGGUCUUGUUGUUACUUCGGGGCUUGGUGAGCAGGAACAGGAUGAGGCUAAUAAAAAUGCUGCCAAGAAUCGGGGCUCAUCUACCCCUGGCGUCACACGUCCCUAUGAGUAUGCUGUGGGUGCAGAUGGAAACGCUAGCCCAACACGCAAAUCCUACACACCUGGUGGCUUCCGCUACGACCAGGAUCCCAAUUCCAAGAAUAUUGGUGUCGAUGGCCAAGAGCAGCUUUCGCCGACGUCACAGCAGAAGAAGAUUGGCUUGGCGUUCAACUAUGCUCCGGGCAACGAAAGCGCCCUGAAGGAAACAGCUGAAAAGCUCAAGGCCGGACAACUGUCACCCCGCACCCAGGACAAGUUGAACCGUGGUCAAUUGUCGCCGAAGUCUAGAGCGAAGCUACUUCAAGACGGAAAUCUUUCGCCUACGACUAGAGCGAAGCUUCAGGGCAGUGCCGUAGAUGCGGCCGCUUUCCCCCUGAGCGAUGCCCAGAAGAGAUCUUAUUCACCAACAAAGGGACCUCAGGGAUAUUCUUCCGGGGCACCGGGCAGCUAUAAGCCCAUAGUUGAUCCAACAUCAGAUUUUCUAGAGUCCCAGCGCUACAACAAGGAGCCUGGUUACGGAGGCUUGGCGAAUGCUGGCGCGGCUGAUGCUGCUGGAGCUGGCGGUGCUAAGAAGCCUGGCUCUCCCACAAAAACUGGCAAAGGUGCGGUUGCCGGAACAGGUGUUGGUGGGGCAGCAGGAGCAGCAGCUGGAGCGGCAGCAGCAGCAGCCGCUGCUAAGCCUAAGAAGAAACGCGUGAAGAUAAUGGUUAUAACCUCAAAGUAUGAUCCUGCUACAAAACGCAUUGAUGCCGAAAAUGGAACGAUUGAACACUCGACAGGAAUCCUCGAUCCAGGGACAGGUCGUAUUGAUACCAAAUAUGGUGUGAUUGACCCAAAGAAGGGCACCUUGGAGGCUCUUAAUACUAAAACAGGAAAGAAGGAGCUGUUCCAGGGCGAUGUGGACAUUAAAACGGGUAAUCUGCACUUGGUUUCGGGAGUAGCAGAUCCAACGACGGGACGUCUAGAUGACACGCUUGGCCAAAUUGUGUGCAUAACCCCACAAGACAAUCCAGUGGUGGAGCUAACAGUCAUCACUAGCCGAAUUGAUCCCGCCACUGGCAAGAUCGAUACCGUUAACGGGGAGGUUGAGCGCUCUCUGGGAGUCCUGAAUUUGGAUACUGGCCUGCUGGAUACCAAGUACGGAGAGAUUAAUACUCGCACCGGAGAACUAAAGGCCAUCGAUCCAAAGUCUGGAAAGAUCGUGGUGAGCAAGAAUGUCAAGGUUGAUCCAGGCACUAGCCAGAUCACCAUUCUGGGUGUCCUCGAUCCUAAGACUAACAAGAUUGAUCCCAACCAAGGCCGAAUAAUCGAGGUUGGUCAGCAAAUUGACCCCAUAGUGGAGGUCACCUCAUUGGCUGGAAAGUUCGACUCAAAGAAGGACAUUAUAGAUGCCAAGACAGCUCAGGUGGAGACUUCUGGUGGUCAGUUUGACCCAAAGGCUGGCAAGAUCGAUACGAAGUACGGACAGAUCGAUCUGGUCAAGCACACCAUCACCUUCAACGACCCAAAGUCGGGAAAGACAGUGACGCGUGACAUUAAGAUCGAGCCUGCCACCGGCCAGAUUGUACUAAAGAACCAGAUCAACCCCAAGAACAACAAGCCAGACAAGGACUAUGCCAGGAUAAUCUCUCUGAGGAUUGUGCAACAACGAGUAGACCCCGCCACCAAGGCGCCCAUUGCCCAGGUCAGCGCAGCCAAGGACAAAGACAUCAUUGUCGAUCCCAAGUCGAACCAGAUCUGGGUGCCCACGGGUGCCAGCGAUCCCAGUACCAAGGAGCAGCAAUACAUUUCCAGCAGCGUCGACCCUAAGACGGGUUACGUCAUCACCAUUUACGGCUACCUAGACCCCAAGACCAACGAGAUUAAGAAACAAACCAAGCUAGACCCCAACACGAUCAAAAUUGAACCCACUUCUGGAAAGAUCUACACCGCCACCGGCGAGGUGGACAAAGCCACGGGUGAACCGCUGUACGCCGCAACGCAGGUGGACCCAGAGUCCGGCGAUGUUUACACGAAGCUGGCUCGUGUGGACCCCAAAACCGGGAAGAUAGUCAUAGUUCGCAUUCUGCUCAUUUCUAAGACUGAUGAGCGCGGUCGCCCAGAGGAGAUCGAUCCAGAGACCUGUGAGAUCGAUCCCGUCUCUGGUCGUGUUCUUAAGUUCUUCAACAAAACCGUUUACGUUUAUAAUAUGAUUGACCCGGUUACUGGUGAAAUUGUGCAGGUCGACCCCAACGAUCCCCGCUUCGCUGGAGCCCGCACCACUGUGACCCACACGAUGACCCUAACCGGCGAGAUUGACCCCGUGACGGGUCGCAUAAAGAGCGAGUACGGCGACAUAGACCCGAACACGGGAGACAUCGACCCGGCCACAGCCGUAACAGACCCGGUCACUGGAAAACUGAUCCUCAACUACGCCCAGAUCGAUCCGUCCCACUUUGGCAAGCAGGCGCAAGUGCAGACCACCACAGAAACGGUGCCGAUCACCCGGCAGCAGUUCUUCGAUGGUGUCAAACAUAUUGGCAAGGAGGCAUUGCGUCGUGACUCCGAGGGCAGCUCUGAGGAUGAUAUGACCCAGCAAUAUAGCAGCGAUACAGUAAAGGACAUUGUGCUAAGCAGUCCAAGCCAAGGAGCCAGCUCCAAGCUGGGGAAGCCAGUGAGCACGCCCACCGUAGUGAAGACGACUACGAAACAGGUGCUGACCAAGAACAACGACGGCGUCACACACAAUGUCGAGGAGGAGGUUCGAAACUUGGGAACGGGUGAAGUGACAUUCUCGACACAGGAACACAAGGCUGAUGCAACACCAACCGAUCUGAGCGGCGCUUAUGUCACGGCCACCGCUGUCACCACCCGCACAGCUACCACGCAUGAAGAUCUGGGUAAGAAUGCCAAGACCGAGCAGUUGGAGGAGAAGACAGUAGCUACCACCCGCACGCACGACCCCACCAAGCAACAGCAACGCGUCGUCACCCAGGAGGUGAAGACGACGGCGACGGUAACUAGCGGAGACCAGUAUCAGAGACGAGACAGCGUUUCCUCGACCAGCUCGGGCGAUUCGGGCACGCCCAUCGAUGGACCAUAUGAUGGUUCUAGUCUGGUGCGCACUGACAACCAGAAAUCUCCGCUUUACUCGAGCUCCGCCACCACAACCACUGGCCCCCAUGUGGAGAGCACCCGUGUGGUGCUUGGCGAGGACACACCCGGAUACUCGGGACACGGCGAAAUCAUCUCUACCCAAACCGUGAGCAGUAAAACUCGCACUGUGGAAACCAUUACCUACAAAACCGAACGCGAUGGGAUUGUUGAGACACGUGUGGAACAGAAGAUCACCAUUCAGUCCGACGGCGAUCCAAUCGAUCAUGACAAAGCUUUGGCUGAGGCAAUACAAGAAGCGACGGCCAUGAAUCCGGACAUGACAGUCGAGAAGAUUGAAAUUCAACAACAAACACAGUAGAUUUUAUAACUAUUUCUAAAAAUUUUCAAAGUAAACAGCCCACGACUCCAAACCCAGCAACACAUACACCCAGCCCACGUAUAAAAUUACAAAUACAAAUACAACAACCGAGAUAGACAGCACAUGCAGUACACCUUUUAUAAAACCUACAUAUACGAGUAUCUACAUAUAUAUUUUUAAGAUUACGAGUUGAUGAACCACAUGACAUAAACACUAAGAAGUCUUAAAGUAUCCGUAUCCGCAAACGUCUAUGAGAAAAUGCAUCCACAUGUUUAUUAUUUUUAUUUUUUUAUUGAAAAUGUUGUUUAUAAUUACUUUUUAUUAUUAAAUGAUGAAUGUGCAA